AUGCAGGCUCAAAACACCCACAAUAACUCGGGGGGGGGGGGAGGAAACAGAGAUCUUCAGGGAGUGGCGAAUCCUUCGGGGGGCCCCCCGCACCUCAUGUUCCCCCACCCCCCCAUCAUGAUGCCCCCGGGCAUUCCGCUCCCCAUGGGGCCCCCCUUUCCUGGGGGCGUUCCCCCUGCCUUGCUGCCGGGGGCCCUCGCGCUGCACCACGCUGCAGUGGCUGGUGCUGCUGCUGGCGCUGCAGCAGCAGCAGAGGAAGCCCGCAGAGCUCAAGAGCAGUCCGUCGCAGGUUCUUCUUCCCACGAAGCCUCGGGAUCUAUGGGGGGCUCGGGUGGCUCCUUCGGGGGCCCCCAGGGCGGGGGCGCCUCCGGGGGCCCCGGGGCCCCCGGGGCUCCAGGGGGCCCCCAGGGGCCCCAGCGGGGCGGCCGCGCCCAGGGGGGCCCCCGUGGCUCCGCCAGCAAACGGCAAACGAUGGAGCGCUCAAGUGCCUCCUGGAGGCGCCAGGCCAAAGAGGAGGGGCCCCCAGGGGGUGGCCCCCAGUCCAAGUCGCGGCCGGAUUCGGACUCUUCUCUCUCGCGGGCCUCUUCGCCUUCUCAGAGCAGAGAGGCCUCCAGGGGCCCGGGGCCCCGCCGGGGCGAGGGGGCCCCCCUGGGGGUGCAGGGGCCCCCUGUGGGGGGGGGCCCCCCGGGGCCCCCCGGACGGUCCGCUGGGCCGGGCCUACGGGAGGGGGGGGCCCCCUCACUGGACUGGCCGCCCGGGCUUGGGGGUCCUCUGGGGGCGCCUCCGGGGGCCCCGCUGGGAGGGGGGGGCCCGCUGGGGGCCCCGCUGGGGGGGCCCCUGGGAGGCCCCCUGGGGGCCCCCCUGGGCCCCUCGAGGCCUGCGUCCGGGUAUGGGGCGAGGUCACCUGGAGGUGACCCCGGCCCCGGCGGGGCCCCCGGGGCGGCCCCCGUUGGGGAGGCCGGGGCGCAUGCAAAGAGAAGCCCCGGGAGACGCAGCGGGAAGUUUUUGUUUGACCUUUGGGUCCCAACAACUUUCCAUCCUCUUGGGAAAGAUGCAGUGAAGGCCGUUUUGGGGGCCCGCGGAAAUACCCACAAAGAAAUGGAAAGGGUCGCGGGGGCCCAUGUGCAGAUUUACGGCAAACAGCUCAACAGAAAUACCAAAAAACACGAAUAUGACGAAUUCAGGGACAACCAGCCGCUGCACCUGGUGGUCACGAGCGACAGGCUGCGCAACCCAAACCCUAGUCCCGAAGAGCAGCUGCAAAUAGUGCAUCGGCUGCAGCACAUGUUGGAGGGCCUUGUGCGGGACUGCUGGCCCCCGGGGGCUGGCCACCCGCCGCAUGCAUUCUUCGAGAAGCAGCAGUGUUUGGGGCCCUCCACGGGGCCCCUCGUGGAGGUGCACCCGCUGGACGGUUCCUGCAGAGUGGCGGGGGCCCCGGGGGCCCCCAGCGGUGGGGGGGGGCCCCCGCGCCUGCCCGCCAACCCCGCUGCUGCUGCGCCCGGGGGCCCCCUCGCGCUGCAGCAGCAGCGCGCCAACGACCCGGCGCCCCAGGACCCCAGGGGGGCCCCCCCGGACAGGCAAGCGGGGGGACCCCUCCCCUUCCCCCAGCCCCCGUCGGGGCCCCCGCCGCCCCCGCAGCAAGCCCCCCCGCAGCAGCAGCUGCAGCAGCAGCAGCAGCUGCAGCAGCAGCAGGAGGAGUCGUCCUCGCAGGCCCCCUGGGCCCACCCGGACCCCGCAGCUGUCCACGCCCUGACCACUGGACCACGAGGGGAGGCGCGGUACCAGGGGGACCCGAGUUUGCUGCUGGACCUGCCGCCGUCAGUGUGUCUGCUGAUGCUGACGCUGCAGGGGCUGCAUGCGCUGCUGGCUGAAGAGGGCCCCUGUUCGUUUGCUGCACUUCCGCAGCGUUUUGCAACCAAGUGGGAAGUGCCUCUGCGUUACGUGCGCGCGGAGUACGGGCUGGGGCCCUCCUGCGCCUUGUCUUGGAACGACACUCUCUUGGGUUUCCUCAGCCUUUUCCCCGAGAUCUUCACCCUCGCCAACACCCAGGGGGCCCCCUGGGGGGCCCCCGAACACCCGGGGGGCCCCACCGUCGCCUCCGUAGACGCCCCCCAGUUCAGAGCCGUCGCAGCGCGCAUGCGCCACCUCGUCGCCUCCUAG